CUUCUCGCUUGUUAAAUGGAAAGGGUCUCCAACUCUUGUCUCCACUAGUCCGCCUGCUAGCUGCUGCAGCUGUCCGCCUCCACCGAAACAUUAGGACAGCAUUACAAAGUGGACAGAGAUAAAAACCUCAUCCCUGACAUGAACAUGACCUUGGGCAUGGCGAUAUCCCCAACGCUGUGUUCUGAUUGGUCUUUUGUAACAACUUCUAGCAGAGGUUGAGGAAGAAGGUACAUCAACGCCUUGUGAAUACCAAACGCUAAAAUACUGAAAACCAAACUUCUCCGCCUCUCGCCCUGCCGUGCACCACUAUGCCGGGAGCAGUGGAUCGUAUGGAGCUAAGUAAAGUCUCCACAGAGGCUGAUGAUGACAGCAACGACAGCCUGGAUGACCGCUUCACAGAGCCCAUCGACUCCGAGAAGGCCACCAUUGACAGUCAGUUUAUGGAUGACAAUGAGGACGGAGAAAGCCAGAAGUUCCUGUCAAAUGGUUUGAUGAAGAAGAAGAAAUAUGAGGAAUACCAUGAAGAAUAUCAUCCCGGCCACACCUCCUUCGGGAUGUCUGUGUUCAACUUGAGCAACGCUAUCAUGGGCAGCGGCAUCCUGGGCCUGUCCUACGCAAUGGCAAACACCGGCAUUGUGCUCUUUACAAUCCUCCUCGUCGCUGUGGCCAGCCUCUCCUUAUAUUCUGUACAUCUUCUCCUUAUGACAGCUAAAGAAGGAGGAUCCCUCAUCUAUGAGAAGCUGGGAGAGAGAGCAUUUGGUUGGCCCGGGAAAAUGGCAGCGUUCGGAUCCAUAAUUAUGCAGAAUAUUGGAGCCAUGUCCAGCUACCUCUUUAUCGUGAAGUAUGAGCUACCUGAAGUGAUAAGAGCCUUCUUGGGUUUAGAUGAAAUCUCUGGUGAAUGGUACCUGAACGGGAACUACCUGGUGGUGUUUGUGUCCAUUGGAAUCAUUCUGCCUUUAUCGAUCCUUAAAAAUCUGGGCUACCUGGGCUACACCAGCGGCUUUUCCCUUUCCUGCAUGGUCUUCUUCCUGGGUGUGGUGAUCUACAAGAAGACCCAGCUGUCCUGCCCUCUUCCUUUCUUUUACCACCACUCGGCCAACCUCAGCAUGAACGGCACAGACGUACAGGGGUUAUACCCGCUAAACAACUCGGCGCACAUAGAUUUCUCCCGGGCCGACGUUUCCCCGGCGGUGCUCGGCACCCACGACGGCCACCACUCCACCGGCGUCCACGUCGAGCCUCACCCCGACGACGAGGAGAUGUGCACGCCCAAAUACUUUGUCUUCAACUCACAGACGGCGUACACUGUGCCCAUCCUGGCCUUCGCCUUUGUCUGCCAUCCCGAAGUGUUGCCUAUCUACAGUGAGCUGAAAGAUCGCAGCCGGAAAAAGAUGCAGAACGUCUCCAACCUGUCCAUCCUGACUAUGCUCAUCAUGUACAUGCUGUCAGCCCUGUUUGGCUACCUCACCUUCUAUGACAACGUAGAGGACGAGUUGCUCCACACCUUCACCAAAGUGUAUAAGUUUGACACGUUGCUGCUGCUGGUGCGUUUGGCUGUUCUCACUGCCGUCACUCUGACUGUCCCAAUUGUGCUGUUCCCUAUCCGCACCUCCAUCAACACACUGCUGUUCAGCAAUCGAGACUUCAGCUGGGCUCGCCACAUGCUGAUUGCCGCCGGCAUCCUGGCCUUCAACAACAUGUUGGUCAUCUUCGUCCCCACCAUCAGGGACAUCUUCGGCUUCAUCGGUUCCUCUGCAGCCACUAUGCUCAUCUUUAUUCUACCUGCUGCCUUUUACAUCCGCCUGGUCAAAUCAGUGCCGUUCCGCUCCCCGCAGAAAAUCGGGGCGGCCGUCUUCCUAGUCGUGGGAAUCGUCUUCAUGAUUGGCAGCUUGUCACUCAUCGUCCUCGACUGGGUCCACAACCCCCCAGGCUCCAGCGGCGGUCACUAAGCUCCUUCUUCCCUCCUCAGAUUCACAUUUGACAGUGCAGCAACCCCCCGCCUUCAUCAAAUCACAAACAUCAAUUAUAAAACCCCUCAACAUAUGGACAUAAUAUGCUGCAUAGAAUAUCACUGGAGGGAGACUUUUUUUGGCUUGGUUUCUAUUUUGUUGUUGCUGUAAAAGUUCACAACGCAAACGAGAGAAUCAAAAAAAAAAAAAAAACCCAGAGAGGGAUCCGGUUUGCCACAAAGACAGCCUGAAAUCAUUGCCGUUUUCCUUAUUGUUUCCAGCUAUGAAGAGACGGAACAAAUACAUACUGUGCAGCCCUCACCUGAAGCAGAUCUGUGAACUGCGAUUUACAGGGCUGGAAAGACAAUGCAAGUCCCUCAGUCCAGACAUUUGGAGGUGGAGUGUGUCGUCUUCUAUGAAACAAGGAGCACUUCUAGCAUUAUGUUUCACUUUGUGUAGCGCUUACACACACACACACACACAGACACACACACACACACAUACACAUACAUAUAGACAUAGCAAAACACAUCUACACCUCUGUUUUUAAGCAGCUAUCCAUGAAAAAAUCUCUGAAAUUAACCAAACAAUGUAGACUGGGUAAACCCAGCCCGAUCUGCUGGCGAUUUGAUUUCCUGCAGCUCAGCCUGGAAACCUGUAUAUUUAUCUAUCCUGCUUCCGUUGCAAAUCUGCGGGGACCAAUCACAAACUGGCUUAUCCACCUGGCGUGCUAUUGGUUUAACACGAUGGCGAUAGAGAAGCGACGGCAAGCAGCUUUUUGUUUACAUUCAACAUGGCGGCCACCGAAGCGCAGCAACCCGUUGAUGCUGCUGUCGCUUCUACGUCGCCCAGCUCGUUCAUCUGAUUGGUUGAAGGACUAUCCAAUUGCGUACAGAGUCAUUUGAACUAUGCCCGUUGCUCACGCCUCUUGUGCAGUAGAAAAUACAGAGCAGACUCCCCAGACUAAUGUUCAAUCUUAAAAGAUUGAGCUUGGACUGGUGAUAGCCAGGCUACAAACAACGCUUAAUUAGUAACUGAAUUCAAUCAUUUAAAAUCUUUUUUUAUUUUAUUUUGCUGCUAUGCUAAAUUCACAAUCAGAAGCUUUGCCAAAGUCAACAUACAGUUUAAGUCGAUCAGGUUCAUGCCAGAGCUCUGAGUCUCCCGGAUCUUCCUCGCUGGCUGUUUUAAUCUCGGCUGUGUACACGAAACAAGGAGAUGCUUUCAGUAUUCCUAUCACAGAGGAAUCUGAACAUGCAAGGUAUCAAUGUACAUAGUUAAGUUUGUCUACUGAAAAAAAGAUUGUUGUACAAAAAUUACAGUCUUUUCUAUUCAGGUCGUAUGAAGCUAAGUGAUCAUUUCCAACACGCAGUAUGCAUACCUGCUGGAAUAAUUUAUUAGCCACUUCACAUUGGGCUGGACAACUAGGUAUAACUGUAGGUUGUUAUUAUUUUUUUUAAUAAUUGGCAAAAAAAUAUGUGUGAAGAACUAUUUAAAAUACGCAGUUCAUAAAUAUGCAAUUGGACAAUUCAAAAGAGGAUUUAAUUCAACCAAAAGAGCCAAACAUAAAAUAGUUAAUUUAAAAUUGGUAAUUUAAAGAUGCCAAGAUCGCAGUAAAAUAUUUUCAACACGUGCCAUACUAUCCUCCUCACUGUCGAUAGAAAACCCUCACUCUCCCCAAAAUGUAAUUUCAGAAAGGCCUUAUCUUUUAUUUUUAAGGUGAUUACAUGCUAUUCAGCUUAAAAGAAUAGUUUGAUUUUUGGUAAAAAUGCGCUAAUUUGCUUUCUUGCCGUGAGUUAGAUGAGAAGGUUGAUACCACUCUCAUGUCUGUACGCUAAAUGUGAAGCUAACGUUACAGCCAGCAGGCAAUUAGCUUGGCACAAAGACUGGAAACAUAGGAAAACAGCUAGCUAACUCCCCGUCUUUUUCAUUUCGGUUUUCAUACAAAGUCGACUCAUGAGAUAUAAUGUUUGAAUGGUUAGGCUUUGGAGUUGCUGGUGAUAGAUUUUCACUUUUCACUUAGCUACUUCAGCUAGCUGUUUUCUCACACUUUCAUUUUCUAUGCUAGGCUUAGCUAACUGUCUUAAGGUACUAGCUUAAUCUUUAGCACACAGACAUAAAAGUUGUAUUAGUCUCUGCAACAAAUUGAAUACACUUUUUGCUCAAAAAUGUAAAAAGUAUGUCUCUUAGGAGUGGUGAUUUGGAACAAGGUGGAUGAUAAACAAUAUCACACAUCACGACGCUUGGUUGUAAAAGAGAGCUAGAUUAAGUAUUGGUACAUUAACUCUUUAAAAAUCAGAUACAAAAAGUAACCGGAUUAAUAUUUUAAACUGUGCCUUUGGAUUGUUUUUUUUUAUAAUUGGCCUCUAAUACUGGUGCCUUUGGAGUCAUUGACAACAACACUAAAACCUCGUUUCACCUUUUCUCUGAUGCCGUUACGUGUCACCGACACAUCCAGCCAAAGUGGACAACAUUUAUAGAUCCUUUGCGGAUCUACGUACAUGAAACAAAUUGAUAUUUUAAAUGAAAUAGUGUAUUAUGUGCAUGUUUUUGGAUUACAAAUAUGGUCUUUUUGGACAAUUGUAUAUGCUCUGUAAAUAAUCUUUAUUUUAUGGUACACUUACACUCAUUGUCUGUGAGUGGGUUGUUGGGGGAUUCUGCCUUUCAAAGUCUUCUGCAAUCCAGUCUAUGUUUUAGUAUAUAAAAGUAUACAUAACGUUUAUUAGAACUUUUUUUUCUUUCUGGCUGUAUGACAGUAGAUUUUUUUCUCUUUAUUUGAAACUUGUAUAUUUGUAGAAAACUUGGUCUCUAUAUAUCCAUUUUCAUGUUUAAAUGUUAACUCAUCAUAUCAGUUUUAAUUAAUCAUUGGCCUGCAUUAUAACACGGUUUAAUCCCAGAAGUCUCAGAACCGAAGCAAUACAUUUCUGGAGCUUAUUGGUUCCUGCCGACCAACACUGGGUUCAAAUUAAAGCCACAAUUUAAGCGCUAUUGAUGUUCGGAAAAAAACGUGCCGUAACACUAAACAUUAGUAUUUCGUGACCACACUACAGUAAGGUUCUUACAGGACAUAACACCUUAAUCAUUUGUUAAAAGAGCUAAUGGCUUUUCUGCUAUUUAUUGCAUGGCAUAGCACGUAUGCUAACGUGUAGCCAUACAAUAUAUGCUAACGUAUAGCCAUAUACCUAGGCUAAUGUGUAGCGGUACACCUAUGCUAACAAGAACCCUCUGUGUUUGCCCAUUCUGAAGAUCUGCACAAUCAUACACAGUGUAGUUACUUACCUUACUGUGGCUAUGACUGCCAUCCUAAAAAAACUUUUCAAAUCCACGUGAGGUUUUAUUUCCAUGACGUUACUUGAACUGAAGUUUUCCACAGCCUGAUAAAGUCUGCAAGCUUUAUGACCGAAGGGUCCAUGCAGCCUCUUUGGUACCCGGAAUGAAUGUUCAAUAAUGGAUAGUUCUCAGUUUGAAAAUCUGGCUCCUCAUUUCUUCAUGAAUGUUUAGCUGUAACUUCCUUAGCCUCUUGCUUUCAGUGGCUUAUACUGGUCAUCGGUAGUCAACAGCUUCGUCUCUUCCUCAGGUUGGGUUUUGUCUUUUCAAAUUGGUUUUAAAAAGGUUUUUAAUAGAAUGCUCCCAACACAACACCUCUAUUUCCUUUAGUAUCUCAGGUAUAUGGUCUGGAUGAAUAUUUCUCUCUCACUUUUAGACAACUUCAAAUAUCUUCACCUCUUGUGCAUGAUUGAGCCAAGCUGUACAAUGCUGUUGUUUAUGUGCUGGCCUUGAUAAGAAAUUGUCUUGUGAAUCUGUAAAAGCAGACAAGUCCCCAGCUAAUUUUGACAGUGUUAAGAAAGAAAGGAGUUGUACAAAUCCACCUGCCUUAUUUUUCUAUGGACCUCUAGCCGUGGAGAAGCACUGGCUCAAUGUGUCUGCUGUUCACAGUGUCUCUGCUUCCUGUGGAUCAGGCCGAAUAUUCAGAUUUGUAAUUUUACACCCACACAAAGGGGAUGUUUUUUGUAUCCGUGAUGCUGUUUCAUUAUGAUGAACAAUAAAAAUGUGAAAUGA